AUGGCGGCACUGAAAGAAGAGAAGAAUAUAGUUAUAGCAAAAUUUUCUUUAUUCCAGGUUAAUGGAUCAUGGGCUUUACCAGGUGUCGUUUGUGACUUCUACAUUGCCAUGGAUGUUACAUGCUCAACGUCUUCGAUAUUUAACUUAGUAGCAAUUUCAAUAGAUAGAUAUAUUGCUGUUACGCAACCAAUCAAAUAUGCCAAACACAAGAAUAACAGAAGAAUAUGGUUGACAAUAGCCAUGGUUUGGGUGAUAUCGGCCGCAAUAGGAUCGCCAAUCGUUCUGGGUCUGAACAACACCCCCGACAGGAUACCAGACGCUUGCCUCUUCUUCAACAGUGAUUUUAUCCUUUUCUCCAGUCUGUCUUCGUUUUACAUCCCAUGUAUCAUUAUGGUCUUCCUCUAUUAUAGCAUCUUCAAAGCUCUGCGAUCGCGAGCAAUGCAACAGCGAGCCACCCGCAAGCCGAUGGUCAGCGAGCUCAAGACCGGGUCCGUGAUAGAGAACACUUCCAAUACUCGGCGACUGGCCGAGACCCAUCUUGGCCCGACGCCCAUCGAGGAACAGGCCACAAAUACGGGCUCCGGAUCUGCGGACGAGGACGAGGACAUCGUGGAGGCGGAAUGUCAAGUCAUAUCCAAUGACAGGAGCACCGAAUUCAUCCUGGCAACCGUGGUGGAGGAAGCAGCAAUAUCCAGCGUGGUGGCCAGCCUGGCGACACCCAACAAUCUGGGCGAUCCGAACGGCAACAACGAUUCGGGCUAUGCCCACAGCCAAGCCGAUAGCAUAGCGCCCGACAGCCCGAGGAUAUUCACCACCACCAGAGGCAGCUCGAAAAAGAAUGGGGCCACUAUGGACACAGAAUUGAGGACGGUUGUGACGGCUAUCAAUUCGAGAACGGCCAGCAUCCGAUCGGUCGGAUCGAAGAAGGAGAAAAAAGCGACAUCGGCAGCAAGAUUCACGAUUUAUAAAGUAAACAAGGCCAGCAGGAAAAAACGGGAAAAAUCAUCUGCCAAAAAAGAGCGCAAGGCCACAAAAACGCUGGCAAUCGUCUUAGGAGUGUUCCUGAUCUGCUGGGUGCCGUUCUUCACCUGCAACAUCCUGGACGCCAUGUGUAGCAAACUGAAGUUUCCGUGCAAUCCGGGCGUGUCGGCGUUCCUGCUGACCACGUGGCUCGGCUACAUGAACAGCUUCGUCAAUCCCGUCAUCUACACCAUUUUCAAUCCGGAAUUCCGGAAAGCUUUUAAGAAAAUUAUGUUUUUAGGACAGUAAAAUCUGAACCAGUAAACGAGUAAAGUCUUCGAGUUUUAAGGGAUGUCUUCCAAGAGACCAGAUAGAAUACUGUGAAUAAUUUUCUUGUCUAAUAGUUAAUUAGAAAAUUCAUCGCAACUAUCAAAACAAAAGGAACGUUGGUACAAAUGUUAGUUUCAAAAUAAUACUGGAUGUCGUUGGGUCUGCAGAAAUAUUUUAGAUGUACUACAACUCUACGCUUACUAUUGUAAUAUUGCAAAACAUCUCAAUAUAGAUUGUAUUAUUUACUGGUUAAUGUUACAAUAAAGUGUUUCUUAAUA